AUGGAGGAUACCAACGAAAAUGAGAUAUCGCAUGAAGGCUUAGAUGCUGAAAGUAUCGCCAUUCUUUCUGCGGUUGAAUAUCCAGAAGAUCUUUACGACUUUGUCCCAGAGGCAUCUGGUAGUGACGUGGAAGAGGCACGCGAGACCGAUCAAGAAUAUUCCGGCCUGGAUCAACACCAUCUUGAUAUUAUUGCGUUCCUCAACGAAACCUCGCCCGCCACAGACUAUUACGACCAACUGCCUGCACACCUUCUCUCCCCUGAAUCACGUUCAGAUGCAUCCGGAAGUCGUGAUCCUACCACUCCUAGCGAUGACUAUUCUGAGGAUCAACCAAGUAAAGUCGCAUCAGAUGCGCCCCAAGACGCUAAUCCUCCUAGCGAGAAUGAGACUCAGAAUGGCCGAAAGAAACGUCGGCGCUCAAGCUAUGUUGACAAAAAAGCCUUGAAUCGCUACUGGCCGACCCACCCCGCCGUGGUCCGCCCACUGAAUCCGGCUGCCUCCCCUGUCCGUCACCCAAGAGCGUUAACUUUGAUCUUGCACGAAGGUCCACCCUCGCGCCUAAGGCUUGGAACACCACCUAGGCCUCAUGAGCAAGGACGUCUUGGGAAUCCAGACGAAAACGAUUCGAUAAACCAAAUCCAAGAUGAUGAUGAUCUUAACAACCGAAGCCGGGACGACAGCCAAGACGAAGAUGAAGAAUCGAGGCCCAGAUCGAGGAGGAGAUUGGGUUGA